UAUUCUUUCCAUCUCAAAGCUACUACUGACAUAGGGUCCAUUGUCAAUUACUACCCUGUGAAUGCUGGAUUCUGCCAGCAGGCUUUGCAUAGGUCUUAAUUAACCUUGGCUUACCGCUUUGAUAAGAUCUUCCUCCCGUCACGCUACCUUGCGGGGCUCUCUGUUAGAUCUCUGCUCAGACGUGUCGUGCGAUGCUGAAGUAGAUCGCGUACCAUCAGAGCUUUCCUUACACCUUCAGCUAGAAUUCAUAGAAGAUGGCGGAGACUCUGACAUCGGCGCUGGCGGAAUUAAGCCUAAACUCCAAAAACCUUAGCGCAUCGGCUUUUGACGCAAGGCUGGCCGAAGAGGAGGAUGGUGUCUACAAGGACUUCAAACCUCGUCAAAAGGCUCGGCAGGAUGCUGCAGAUCUCAAGCAGGAGCUAGAGCAGGAGUUUUUAACCCCUUCAUCCACGUUUAGUCCUGAAUGGCUGAACCGCUUACAAAGGAAGUGGGAUGUCCCGACGGAUUACACUGAUCUGUUCGAGGUCGCUGGUACACAGACACGCACUAUUGUCCGAUUCGAUCGGGAUGGCCUGGAAGGCCGCGUUACGGGCUACCACGAGGUGACUGUUCCCGCUACUAGUGCAAAUGCCAAAAAUUCAACGUCACUUCUUCGCCGGCCAGCUGGUCGUGCGGACUUUGUAAGAGGCGCAGCUGGCUUCUUCCCGUUCGCUCCAGGUGGGCUGGAUGGUGUCGAGGCAAUUGCUGAAAUGGAAUCUGAAGCCCAGACGCCGGAGCACUCCAGAGCCAGCGGCAAGCAAUCAGGCCUCGAUCGGAUCAUUAACUUUGGGGCUGAAGGUGGUCUAUUGGAGAUUGCUCCUGGUUUCUCUCGGGGACUGAAGUUCGAGGAAGCAAAGUCUAAAGAGGCCGCUGAAGGAGACGAGGAAGUGGAGCACGCUCUUCAACAGGAAGAGGCCGAUCUGCAUGUUGAGCAAGAGGAGACAGCGUCAGAUGCCGGAGGCGUCAAGAUCGAUGAUGAGGCGGAGCUCAGCGAUGAGGAAGAUAUUGACUCUUUGCUGCCUGUCGAGUUUCCAGCGCUGGAACCCCACGCGCCGCUGCUCGCAGGCAUGCAGCAACGGAAAGCCGGUAAAGAAUGGGCUCAUGUCGUCGACGUCAACAAAGAAAUCUCGAACUUCCGCGAUCUGGUCCCCGACAUGGCUCGGGAGUGGCCGUUCGAAUUGGAUACUUUCCAGAAGGAGGCUGUGUAUCAUCUUGAAUGUGGCGACUCUGUGUUCGUUGCUGCUCAUACGUCAGCCGGUAAAACUGUCGUCGCCGAAUAUGCCAUCUCUCUUGCCGCGAAGCAUAUGACGAAGGCUAUCUACACAUCACCCAUUAAGGCGUUGAGUAACCAGAAGUUUAGAGACUUCAGAACUGAGUUUGAUGAUGUUGGUAUCUUGACCGGUGAUGUUCAGAUCAAUCCGGAAGCAAGCUGCCUUAUCAUGACUACUGAAAUCUUACGAAGCAUGCUAUACAGAGGCGCUGACCUGAUCCGAGACGUGGAGUUCGUGAUUUUCGAUGAAGUGCAUUAUGUUAACGACCUUGAAAGAGGUGUUGUUUGGGAAGAGGUCAUCAUUAUGCUUCCCGAACAUGUUACUCUGAUUCUCUUGUCUGCCACCGUUCCUAACACUUAUGAGUUUGCAUCCUGGGUUGGUCGCACGAAGAAGAAGGACAUCUACGUUAUCUCAACUGCGAAGAGACCUGUUCCCCUCGAGCAUUAUCUCUGGGCCGGCAAAGGGAAGUACAAGAUCGUGGACUCCAACAAGCGGUUCCUCGAGAACGGCUGGAAAGAAGCUGAUGAGAUCAUCUCCGGAAGAGACAAAGUCAAGGCUCAGAAAGCGGCCGAGGCCCAAGCUCAAUCCCAAGCGAGCAGAGGAGGAACUCCUCAAGGACGAGGACGCGGACAAGCCGGUGGAAGAGGCGGUGCUCGCGGCAAUGGACAACGUGGAGGAGCUCCUCGUGGCCGGGGACAGCCUGCAAAUAGAGGCACUGGAAACAUUGCCCGUACAGGAAGAGGUGGUGGACGGACUACAGCCGCGCAGGACAAAACCGUUUGGGUGCAGCUUGUUGGGCACCUUCGCAAAGAGAAUCUGCUGCCUGGUUGUAUCUUCGUCUUCUCCAAAAAGCGCUGUGAACAGAAUGCCGACUCCCUGUCCAACCAAGACUUUUCCACUGCUUCGGAGAAGAGUCUGAUUCAUAUGUUCAUUGAAAAGUCCCUCACAAGACUUAAGCCAGAGGACCGUACCCUCCCACAGAUCCUUCGUCUUCGCGAAUUGUUGAGUCGAGGCAUUGCUGUCCACCAUGGUGGUCUUCUACCGAUCAUGAAAGAAAUCGUCGAGAUUCUAUUCGCUAAGUCGUUGGUCAAGGUUCUUUUCGCUACAGAGACAUUUGCCAUGGGGCUCAACCUGCCAACGCGAACAGUUGUGUUUUCUGGAUUCCGCAAGCAUGACGGCAAAGGCUUCCGAGAUUUGCUACCUGGAGAGUACACUCAGAUGGCUGGACGUGCUGGACGUAGAGGACUUGACAAUGUGGGAUACGUCAUUAUCGUCAAUGCGGGUCGAGAUGAAGCUCCUCCGGCUGGCGCUUUGAGAAGGAUGAUUCUUGGUGAUCCGACUAAACUGCGGUCUCAAUUCAGGCUUACAUACAACAUGAUCUUGAACCUCUUGCGCGUGGAGGCCCUGAAGAUUGAAGAAAUGAUCAAGAGAAGUUUUAGUGAGAAUGCCACUCAGGCACUGCUCCCAGAGCACGAGAAGCAGGUGCAACUUUCGGAGGCCAGCUUGGCGAAAAUCAAGCGAGAGCCUUGUGACAUAUGUGAUAUUGACCUUGCGGCCUGCCAUGCUGCCUCUAUUGAAUAUGAGAAGCUUACAAGUGAGCUCCACGUGGGUCUGCUUUCAUCCCCCGUUGGGAAACGCCUCUUUGUGCCGAAGCGAUUGAUCGUGUACAGAAAGGAGGGUUUCCGAACCGCAGGUGUCAUUGUUCGCGAAGGUGUUAGCGGCGGUCAGACACCUAGUAUUCAAGUUCUUGAGAUAGGAAGGCUCGGACACAAGCGCCAUCCCAGCGAUAUUCUUCCCUUCCUCCCAAAGUUUAGACACUUGUUGCAGACAUUGCCCACCCGCGCCGCUGAUAUGGCGUUGAAAGCGUACAAGGUGCCCCUGUUGGACCUUGAGUGCGUCACAAAUACGAUAGUUAAGCUUGGUGGUCCUACAUGGUACCUUAACAUCAAGAAGGAGGCAAGCAAAUUCGCAGACAAGGAGCUCACCAAGCAUUGCGCUUCGUGGACCAGUUCAGUCUGGGAUGAAAUAGACUGGGCCCAAAUCAAGGAAUUACAAGUCAGAGAUAUAUUAGAGAAGCGGCAAAAGCAGGCCUCCAUUGCGCAAGGGUGCAAAUGCUUGCAGUGUCCCAGCUUCUUGAAACAUUUCGAAAUGCAACAUGAUGAAUGGCAGGUUAAAGAGAAUAUCACGCAAUUGAAACAGCUCAUGUCCGACCAGAACCUUGCUCUGCUGCCUGAUUAUGAGCAGCGUAUCCAGGUGCUAAAGGAGCUGGGCUUCGUGGACGAGCAGUCUCGCGUGCAGCUGAAAGGAAAGGUAGCAUGUGAGAUUCACUCCGCCGAUGAGCUUGUUCUGACCGAGUUGAUCCUCGAGAACGUUCUGGCUGAAUAUGAACCUGAGGAGAUUGUUGCCUUGUUAUCCGCAUUCGUUUUCCAAGAAAAGACAGAGAACGUUCCCACAUUGACUCCUCGUCUUGAGAAGGGCAAGGAAGCCAUUGUGAGGAUCUCCGACCGUGUCAAUGAUUUCCAGAUCCAGCACCAGGUGAUCCAAACCAGCGAAGACAGCAACGAUUUCGCUAGUCAGCCACGGUUUGGUCUAGCCGAGGUUGUCUACGAAUGGGCGAAGGGAAUGUCGUUCAACCGUAUCACCGACCUUACUGAUGUGAUGGAAGGCACCAUUGUACGGACCAUUACGCGUUUAGACGAAACAUGUCGGGAGGUGAAGAAUGCGGCCAAGUUGGUGGGUGAUCCGACGUUGUAUACGAAGAUGCAACAGGCACAGGAGCAGAUCAAGAGAGAUGUGAUUUUUGCGGCCUCUUUGUACAUGUGAAACUACUCAGUACUCGAUGGGAAGCAGGGCAACUGGUCAGUGCUGGAGGGAUGGCU